GACAUUGUGGAGCACCGCCUCCCCUCGGCUGACGUCAAUGUGCGCCAUCAACGCGCGACUGUUUUCGGCCAGUCCCUGUCAGUCAUCUCCGGGCGAAGGGCACGACGACGUGUGAUGGUUCAUCCUAAGUGUCUCAGUUUCAUUCAUUAAGACAAUCUUUGCCUGUUUUUGUCAAGCACAGCAGCUGCCAAGCCGGUGUCCAUGUUAACGCCACGUUUUGAGGAUUACAUCGAGGAAACGGGACGGCAAGAGCGAAGGAGAAGCAGAUUAGUUGAACAUAUUUCAACACUUUGCUCACUCUGUUGAAAUCCUUCAUGAAUGUGGCAGAUUCCUGAGCAGGAAGGAUGACAUCGGAGGCUGCGGUCUCCACACCUCCUGCCAUAAGCAGCACCCCUGCCAAGAGGGACUACUACUGGCUUCGCUCCUUUGUAGCUGGAGGUGUAGCAGGAUGCUGUGCCAAAACCACCAUUGCUCCUCUGGACAGAGUCAAGAUUCUUCUUCAAGCCCAGAACCCUCAUUACAAACAUCUCGGCGUGUUUGCCACUCUCAAAGCUGUCCCAAAGAAAGAAGGCUUCCUUGGCUUGUACAAGGGUAAUGGGGCAAUGAUGGUCAGGAUAUUUCCUUAUGGAGCCAUCCAGUUUAUGGCCUUUGACAGUUAUAAAAAGCUGUUAAGUAAACAGAUUGGGAUUUCUGGACACAUCCACCGCCUCAUGGCAGGAUCUAUGGCAGGGAUGACUGCAGUGAUAUGCACCUACCCUCUGGAUGUGAUCAGAGCCCGACUGGCCUUCCAGGUGACAGGAGAGCAUCGCUACACUGGAAUUGCAAAUGCCUUCCACACCAUCUACCUUAAGGAGGGGGGUGUCUCGGGCUUCUACAGAGGACUUACUCCAACACUGAUUGGGAUGGCUCCUUAUGCAGGUUUCUCAUUCUUCACCUUUGGCACGCUGAAGAGCCUCGGCUUGAAGCACUUCCCAGAGACGGUGGGACGCCCCUCCUCAGAUAACCCUGACGUCCUCAUCCUGAAACCCCAAGUUAACCUGCUCUGCGGAGGAGUUGCUGGAGCCAUUGCUCAGACAAUCUCGUACCCCUUGGAUGUGGCGAGGAGAAGAAUGCAGUUAGGAGCUGUGCUUCCUGACUCUGAGAAAUGCACAUCACUGAGCAAGACCCUGACGUAUGUAUACAACAAGUACGGCAUCAAGAAGGGAUUGUACCGAGGCCUUUCUCUCAACUACAUCCGCUGUGUCCCCUCCCAGGCCGUGGCCUUUACCACCUACGAGUUCAUGAAGCAGGUCCUCCACCUGAACUAGUCGCUGUUUUUAUACCGCCCAAGUCUGUACCCGUGCUUGUGCGCUCCGAGUCAUCAAGCAGAUCGUCCUCGAUGCUUCCUUCGUAGAGUGAUCUCACUGGGAAUUGCCUUUUUCCUGAAUUCACUGAAGGCACCGGGGACGUCGGUUAAUGCUGAAAAGGGAAACUGGAUAUCAGACAGUCAGUGAGGCACACCACGUCUGUUUCUCUCUCUCUUACUUCCUUUUUUUUUUGGACUCGCCACCUCAAACGAGAGGAUUUACUCACGACAUGUGGCUUGAAUAUGUGCAACUCCUUUGUCAAUGUCUCCAUGGUUACACCAAGGCAGCAUUACAUUUGGUCUAGUCAGUUGGAUGGCUUGGGGCAAUGAUAUGUUCUUUAACAACAUUGCUGGUUAACACAACCACAACCCAGUAAUUGUGUAGAAACCCCCUCGUUUACACAGAAAACACAGAUGUCCACAUUCUCACAUGUCUUUUUGUGUCUAUUUCAUGGCCUGUUUUAAUGAUUUUCAAUCGGAAACAGCUUUAAUUUACAGUCAGUUAGCUUCAAAUUAGUUUCUUUACAGAGGAGGCAACUCAGUGAUAUAGCACACUCACCGUCCACUUCAUGAGGUACACCUGUACAGUCUAAUGUAAUCAAAUACAUGAAUUCUACUUUUACGAAGUUUAUAAUUUUCCAGUUUUUGUUAAGCUUCAUAAGAGUAAAAUUCACUGUAGAGCUGUUGUAUCGAAUCACGUUAAAUUGUGCCAGUGCACCUCAUUGAUGUCAUCCCUCAAAACUGCGCUCUUUUCUGCAGCUGCACAUUUGCUUCAUCGUUUUGUGUCUUUUUCUUCUUACAGACUUGGUGAUAAAAGGUUUGACUGGCUAGAAUUUAAUUUCAAAUAAUCAGAUCACUUUGAUGUUUUGUUUUUUCAGGGCUCGGCGUAUCUUUAAAUGUACAGUGCGACUAGUUUCUCAUUUAGUUAGUCCUUUACAUGAAUCUAAAAUCAAAAUUAAACCGUUAACUUGUUUUUUUUUUUUUUCUUAAAGAUGCAGGUGACACACUUUCAGUGUGUAUUUUCAGUUGUUUUAUUUAUGUUGGUUAAAGGUCCAGAGUGGAAAUUUUUGGGUAAUCUAUUGGCAGAAAUGGAAUAUAAUAUACAUAACUAUAUUUUCAGUAAUAUAUAAUCAGCUUAAUGUGCAUUCAUGUGUUUGAUCUGUAGAUUUGAUGCUAUUGAAUAUUUUGAUUUUGUGUUUUUAGGAUGUCUGCAUUUUGAUACAAUAUGGAUGUACAACCCCAAUUCCAAUGAAGUUGGGACGUUGUGUAAAAUGUAAAUAAAAACAGAAUGCAACGAUUUGCGAAUCUCACAAACCCAUAUUUUAUUCCCAAUAGAAAAUGAAAAAUGAAACAUUUUAUCAUGGAAAAUAUUAGCUCAUUUUCAAAUUGAUGGCAGCAACACAUCUCAAAAAAGUUGGGACAGAGCGAUGUUCACCAUUGUGCAGCACCCCCUCGUCUUUUAACGACUGUCUGUAUAUGUCUGUGAAGUUCACUUCGAGUUUUGGGAGAAGAAUGUUGUCCCUUUCUUGUCUAAUGCAGGAUUCUAACUUCUCAACAGUCCUGGGCCUUCGUUGCUGGAUUUUUUGUUUUAUGAUGCACCAAAUGUUUUCUAUUGGUGAAAGGUCUGGACUGUUCAGCACCCGUACUCUUUUCCUGCAAAGCUAUGAUGUUGUGAAGGAUCCAGUAUGUGGUUUAGCAUUGUCUUGCUGAAAUAUGCGAGGCCUCCCCUGAGAGAUACAUUGUCUGGAUGCGAGCAUAUGUUGCUCUAAAAACUCUGUGUACUUUUCAGCAUUGAUGGUACCUUUCCAGAUGUGUAAGCUGCUGACGACAUAGGCACUAAUACAACCCCAUACCAUCAGAGAUGCAGGCUUUUGAACUGUCCGCUGAUAACAAGCUGGAUGGUCCUUCUCCUUUUUAGUGGACAGGGAAAAGUGCCCAUGGUUUACAAAAAUAAUUUAAAUAUUUGAUUGAUUUUUUUUUCCUCAGACCAUUCUAAAUGAGCUUUGGCCCAGAGAAGACGGCAGCAUUUCUGGAUAGUGUUCACAUAUGACUUCCUCUUUGCAUGAUGCAGCUUUAACUUGCAUUUGUGGAUUGCACAACGAACUGUGUUUAUAGACAGUGAUUUCUGGAAGUGUUCCUGAAACCAUGCACUGAUUUCCAGUCGAGAAUCAUGCCUGUUUCUAAUCCAGUGUCGUCUGAGGGCCCGAAGAUCAUGAGCAUCCAGUUUUCACCAUUGACCUUGUCCUUUGUUACACCAUUUUUAGACGUAGUUUGUCGCAGAUUGAUGAACCUCUGCCCAUCUUUACAUCUGAGAGGCUCUACCUCUCUGAAAUGCUUCUUUUAUACUGACCUGUUUCCAAUUAACCUAAUUAACUUUCAAAUGCUCCGCCAGUUGUUUUUGAGUUGUGCCGUAAACUUUUCCAGCCUUUUGUUGCCCCUGUCCCAACUUUUUUGAGAUGUGUUGCUGCCAUCAGUUUCAAAAUGAUUUGCAAAUCAUUGUAUUCUGUUUUUUUUUUAUUACGUUUUACACAACGUCCCAACUUCGUUGGAACUGGGGUUGUAGGUCUGAGAUGUCUGAAGGGACUCAGGAGAAAUUUGCACUUUGUCACUGUAGCUUUUUCUUUGUAUUUAUUGAUUUAGCAACCUGUUGCCACUGGGUGGCAGCAUUGAAUAUGCAGUAGACUGUUUUGUUUACCACCAGACAUACAACAUUCAUACAGAUUUCAUACAUCUCUUAUCAGAGUCAAGUCAAAUUAGGAUCUUAAUAUUUUCUUAUGUUUUACUUAACUUAAACAAGUUGUUGAAGUGUUAGAUAGUGAGCACAAUUCAGUUUAUGUAGUGUUUUUUGAAAACACACUGGAACUACUCUGUGGUUGCUGGUAAUUAUUGACCCAGGAAGGUAACAUUAAUUACUGAGUCAAAGUCACUGCCACUGUGUUUGCAUGAAUGUCAUCAGUUUGUUGUACACACAUUGUCAUUUUUUCAGCCUGUUGCCUUUCUCUGCAUUUGAUGUCUUACUUAAGGGGGAUUAAUGUGUUUUCCCACGUGCUUCAGUUCAUGCCGCAGCUUUUAGAUCGUUGUAUAUGAAUGCUGGGGGGUGGAUGCAGAUGCCUUAGAACAGUUUCCAAUCCUUUUGGCUUGUGACCCCACUACGUCCAACUUAUUUUUUUUACCAUCUAAACUUGUCUCAUUUUAAGGUUGGAAGAGUUCAAAUUACCUAAUGUUUCACAGCAAAAAGCAGAAGUCAGAGGAAACUGUGAGGAGGUAGUAGUAUGAAUCAGAGUUCAAAUGUAUUUAUUUAAUUUUUGAAGCAGGUGUUAAGUUUGUCUUUAAUCACAUUGUGACUGCUGAGUUUCAUCAGGUGACCCAUUGUGGUCCAGACCCCCAGAUUCAGAACUACUGCCUUUAAAUAUUGAAACACAUAUAACGAGAAUUCAGACAGACUACUGAACACUUUGAAAGCUUUUUACUGUGGAAGAGGUGGGGCGUCAUCUUUUAGCAGCUCCUCAGUUGCCACCCAUCAGCCAGUACAAGAACACUUUGUCAGAGCUAAAAACGUAUGAUCCCAACGUAUACAUGAAAAGAUAUCAAGAUCACAUUUCGUUUCGUUCAUCUAAUAAUUAGAAAUCGCUCCACACAAGUGGAUGCCUUGUGUGUGUGCAAGUGUUGUUGAACAAAAAUCUCUGAACAUAUAAUUCUCCAAAGUGCAAGAAAAUAAGAGUCUUCAGUGUAACUCUUGACUGUAAUGUGUAUGUAACAAUAAAUUAAAUGUAUCAAACUGUGCCUACCUGCCUGGACUUAAGAGUAUAAUCACACACUCACUGGUGAUAAGUGGCAGCUACCAUUUGGGAAACAAAAUGUCAUUUUCAGCUCUUUAUGGCGCCAUUCAUCCAUCUGCAGUGCUGCUGUGUAUAAAAGCUUUCAUUUGCUGCUCUCUUGUUGCCUGUGUUUAGUUAAUACAUGAUCUUUCACUGUUUAUUGCUGUUUUUUUUGG